AUAAAAAUAAAAUAGAGGCCCUAUUGUAGAGAGAGAACGGAAAAAGAAACCUAAAUGGCUAAAUUGGCUUCUCCAUCUCAAACGCAACAGCCGCUCAUCCUGCCCUGCGCACAUCAACUACUGUGAGGGAAGAGGGAGCUUCACAUCAACUCUAAUCGAAUUCCUCCAGCUCCAACAGCCACCUCUUCCGCAUCUUAUUCGUCCUCCUCCGGCGCUGCAGUACGCUUCACCUGCUGAAGGACUCGUCGCCACCACGGCUACAAGACUCGUCUCUUCUCUGCCAUUGUAGUACCCUAGAAACCUCUCCUUUGCUCGGCUGACAUCUCCCUCUCCCUCCAGCAGCCCCGCCACCGCCUUCUCCGCCCAGACCACCACCCCAUCAUCUUCCUCUCAUCCCCGCGACGCCAUCAUCUUUUCUUCCUCGCCAGCCCCGCGCCGCUAUCAUCAAGCGAGAAGCUCCGGCCGAAUCUUGCCCCUUUUCUGUUUCUAGGUAAAAUCGCGCUUUUGACUGCAUUGCUCGAGGCCCAGUAGAGAGGUGACACUCUUGACGCCCACACGCACCGUGUCGUGGUUUUGCUUGACGGCGGGGCUUUUCAUAGUCGUAGUAUAAAAGAAAAACCCUUAAACCCUGUCCCUCCUAAUUCGCUCACUGGAUGCAGGUUUCGCUCCUCUGGAAACUGCAAUCCGCUUCACGCCUGCGCGCUUUCUCAUCGCUUUCCUCCGCCGGAAUCCCCAUGGCUGCGCCCGGGGGGCAUCCUAAAGAUGAAGCGUACCUUGGUGCAGUGAUUCCCAAGCGCAUCCAGCGCUUCCAAGCGAUCCAGUCGCAGCAGAAGUCCCAUCUCGAUUCCCUCCCUCAUGACCCUAUCAGGGUUACUUUGCCGGAUGGGACAGUGAAGGAAGGCAAGAGAUGGUCAUCCAGUCCGCUGGACAUUGCAAAGGAGAUUUCCAAGAGUUUGGCAUCUAAUGCGCUGAUCUCUCAAGUUAAUGGAGUGUUGUGGGAUAUGAAGAGGCCAUUGGAAGGCGAUUGCGAGUUGAAAUUGUUUACUUUCGAUAGUGAUGAAGGGCGUGAUACUUUUUGGCACUCUAGCGCUCACAUUCUUGGCGAGUCACUGGAACAAACAUAUGGUUGCAAGCUUUGCAUUGGACCUUGUACCACCAGAGGGGAGGGAUUCUACUAUGAUGCGUUCUAUGGGGAAUUAGGUUUAAAUGAUGAACACUUCAAGCAAAUUGAAGCUGCAGCCUCAAAAGCUGUCAAGGAAGGACAAGAUUUUGAGCGCAUUGAAGUUACCAGGGAUGAGGCCCUUGAGAUUUUCUCUGAUAACAACUUUAAGGUUGAAAUCAUAAAUGACCUGCCUUCAGACAAAACUAUUACAGUGUACAGAUGUGGUCCGCUGGUGGAUCUGUGCCGUGGUCCCCAUAUCCCAAACACAUCCUUUGUAAAGGCAUUUGCAUGCUUGAAGGCUUCUUCUGCCUACUGGAGGGGGAACAAAGACCGUGAAAGUUUGCAGAGGGUCUAUGGAAUUUCAUACCCUGACCAGAAGCGUCUGAAGGAGUAUCUUAAAAACCUAGAAGAAGCAAAGAAGUAUGACCACAGAUUGUUGGGGACAAAGCAGGAACUUUUCUUUUGUCAUCCAUUGAGCCCUGGAAGUUGGUUCUUCCUUCCUCAUGGGACACGGAUUUACAACAAACUAAUGGGGUUCAUAAAAUCUCAAUAUAUCCAGAGGGGUUAUGAGGAGGUCAAAACACCAAAUAUGUAUAACAUGAGACUCUGGGAGACAUCUGGGCAUGCUGCAAAUUACAGGGAUAACAUGUUUCUGCUUAAUAUUGAAAAGCAAGAAUUUGGGCUGAAACCAAUGAAUUGUCCCGGGCAUUGUUUGAUGUUCCAGUAUAGAGUUCGAUCUUACAGAGAACUGCCUAUCCGUAUGGCGGAUUUUGGUGCCCUGCAUCGCAACGAGGCUAGUGGUGCACUCACAGGGUUGACUCGCGUCCGAAGGUUUCAACAGGAUGAUGCUCAUAUCUUCUGCAGAGAGGACCAGAUAAAAGAUGAAGUGAGAGGUGUCCUGGACUUCAUUGAUUAUGCAUAUAAAAUAUUUGGAUUCACUUAUGAGCUGAAGCUAUCUACGAGGCCGGAGCAAUUUCUUGGGGAGGUGGUCACAUGGGAUAAAGCUGAGGCUGCUCUGACAGAAGCAUUGAAUGAAUUUGGGAAGGCGUGGCAGAUAAAUGAAGGCGAUGGUGCUUUUUAUGGUCCUAAGAUAGAUAUUAGUGUAUCUGAUGCAUUGAACAGGAAAUUCCAGUGUGCCACAUUACAGCUUGACUUCCAGCUUCCAGAUCGUUUCAAGUUGGAGUUCUCUGCUGAGGAUGAAACCAAGUUAGAAAGGCCAGUUAUGAUACAUAGAGCAAUCCUGGGAUCUGUGGAACGUAUGUUUGCUAUACUAUUGGAGCAUUACAAGGGGAAGUGGCCUUUCUGGCUUAGCCCUCGUCAAGCAAUUGUCUGUCCCGUGUCUGCCAAAUCGGUGGACUACGCAAAACAAGUACGAGAUCGGAUUCAUCAAGCUGGAUAUUAUGCGGAUGCUGAUAUAACAGACAGGAAGAUCCAGAAAAAGGUAAGAGAAGCCCAACUAGCACAGUACAACUACAUAUUAGUUGUCGGCGAAGAGGAAGCCAACACAGGCCAGGUGAGUGUGCGGGUCAGAGACAUUGCUGAUCAUUCGGUGAUGAGCAUAGAGAGUUUGCUCCAACACUUUGCCGACGAAACUGCUGCAUUCCAUUAGGGCGGUAGUAACGCACAGCCACCAGAGUGACAUCAAUAGACGGACAGCAGCUUGACUCCAAAGACCGGCAAACAUAUGUUGUUAGAGAUUGACUUGCUUCAAAUUAUUAUGCCUUGUUAGGUCAUUUGCCAUUGUAUUGUUUGUCCUGUUUUUGUUAGUUUAGCAACGAACAAGAGGGUUGCUUGGGUGAGUGAAGAAACAAAUGAUACAGGGAAGUUUCUUGAUUGGUUUCAUUUGAGUGCUUUAGUUCUCACUUUUCGCCCUGAUUGUCCACUACUAAUUUGGAGAUUUCAAUAUAUGGAGUAAAAAUUAAAAUUAGUUUUGCUGAACUCCUUUUCACCAUUAGCUUUACUUUUGGUGUUAUUAUUUAUCUUGGGAAGCAUAAUCUUGACAUGUUAUGUUAAUUUAGGUUAUAGUAGAGACGAAAAGAGCAGCAAUGAUAGUGCAAUUUUUCCAUUGCCAACCAAUAGAAAGAAAGCACUUAACUACAGUGGGAUGCAAGGAGUCAAGUGAUAAUGUAAUGGAGGUGGGGACCAUUGUUUGUCGCAAAUCUUGUCUUGUGAAUGGAAUCUUGGUACGUACGGCCGACAAGCCAUGAUGAGGGUUUUUAACAAUCGAAAGAAAAAUGAGCAAAACCAAACAAUGUGCAUUCUGAAAAACUGCAGGGAAAAUCGAAAGAGAGGAAAGUCGUCAAUCAAUAAUGAAAAAGAGAAGCCGCCAUUGGACGUGCGGAGGGGGGAACGUUGUUCUCAACGAGGAAACGGGAUACUACUCGACGUCAUACAUACGUCAAGUUCUGCACUGGGUGGAUUGUCUUGUCCCCCGUUAUGUUCUAUGAUUUCUCGCUAUCCCCUGUUUGUUGGGAUGAAUAACUUUGAAAAGCUAUAAAUGAAAUGCCUAACCUAAUUUUUCCUGUUCGAUUUCUAACAAUUUUAAAACGUUCGGUUGCUGUGAUUUGUAUCGAACAGGAUGUCGAUUCUGGCUCGAAUGAUUCAAUUGCUUUGUUCACGACGAAGCAAUUGCAAUAUCUCGGCGACGGUCAUAAUUCGGGAACGAAGCAGUCGAUCCGAGACAACCCCAUUGAAAGGGGAUUUGAGACUUCUCUCUGCUUGUCUAUCAUUGCCGGGAAGAGAAUUUUACUCUUUAGGGAAGGAGUCGGAGAAGCAACAGGAGGAUUAUCAAAAGAAUCAUGCGGACCGGGACAAGUGCUCUGGGAACUUAGCUGUCCGAUUCCUUUUUGGCAAUUAAUUGGAGGAUCUGCUACUUUGGUUCUUCUGGCGGCUGUGGAGGAGCUAAUAGCUUCUCUCACAAACCCUCCACGGGCCGUGUUUAUCCAUCCAUCCAUAUCCUCCAUAAAUAAUAAAAAAAUAUAUCUAUCUAUAAAAUAUAUAAAGGCUUUUCCAAAAACUACCUUCACCAUUUCAAAAUUCCAGCCCUCCUACGCAUCCACGUCAACACCCUUCCGACCAAUCAGAUUUUUUCUUAACUCCUUUUUUUUACUUUAAGUUUUUCUAUACCCCAAUCAGAAUGUGCCACUUAACUCUCUCUCUCUCUCUCUUAUUUUUAAAUCUCCCCUACUACUCUUAAUUGAUUCAUAUUUAUUUCGCUUCAACUCCAAAUUUAAAUAUUAUUGCGCGAAAAAAUCAGAUUUUAUGUGAUCUACACAAGGAUAUCCAUUUUGAUAUAUGUUUUUUUUAAACAUAGCCACAAUCAUAUAUAUACAAGGCAUGUUCCUAUUCGAUAGUUGCGAAACUAUAUCAAUAUCAUUCAAUUGUACCGCCAUAAAGUAUAUACUAACAUAGAUCGUAGAACAAAUUUCACAUUCUACUGAGUUACUAAAUAAUAUCAAUGUUU